AUGGUCAUCGAUAAUCAUCGCCUGAGUGUUAGAGAGGUGGCUCAUGAAGUGGAAAUGUCUCACAUGUCCGUGCAUAACAUUUUAACUGAAGUUUUGGGCAUGAGACGCGUCGAUGCAAGGCUUGUUCCGAAGGAGCUGAAUUUUCUGCAAAAAGAACAUCGAAAAGCAGUUGCUGAAGACAUGAUUUCACGAGCUUCUAGUUACUUUACCUUCGUGAAAUGCAUCAUAAGCGAAAAUGAAUUAAACCCUAAAAAGCCGCGUCAAAGUCGCUCGAAAAUUAAGAUCAUGCUCACUGUUUUCUUUGAUUAUCGUGGUGUUGCUCAUUCGGAAUUCCUUCUAGAUGGACAAACAGUAAAUAAAGAAUAUUAUUUGAGCGUCAUGGGACGCUUGCGUGAAAAGAGGGAGGUCUGGUAUGAGGCGGCGAUACGCGCGAUCGAAGCUCGUAUUCGCGCGUCCGCGGCGAGUUCGAGCGUCAGCGGGACGACGCCUCCGAGCGGCGUGGCGCGGGGCGUCGUUCUCUUCGUCGGCGAUGGGAUGGGGAUGAGCACUCUCACGGCUGCAAGGAUCCUCUUGGGUCAACGUCAUGGAAAUACGGGCGAGGAAGCGCAACUCGCCUGGGACAGCUUUCCAGCCGUGGCUCUAGCGAGGACUUACAACAUGGAUGCCCAAGUUGGAGAGUCUUCGGCAUGUGCCACGGCGCUACUCUGCGGAGUUAAAGCCAAUUACGAGACUGUUGGCCUGGACUCCUCCGCACGUUUCGAGAUCUGUUAUUCCAGUUUUGAUGCCCGUGUACCGUCUCUUAUCAAUUGGGCGCAGGAACAGGGUAAAUCGACGGGGCUAGUGACGACCACCAGGGUGACGCACGCGACUCCAGCGGCGCUUUACGCCCACGCAGCCAGCCGUUAUUGGGAGGACGACGGCAAGGUGCCACCUGCUGCACGAACCUCUUGCAAGGACAUCGCUCGUCAACUGCUCGAGGACGAACCUGGUCGUAACAUUAACGUGGUCCUUGGCGGGGGCAGGCGUCAUUUCGUGCCGAAAGUGAUCCAGGAUCCCGAGGAGCCGGAUAAGGAGGGCAGACGAUUGGACGGGAGGAAUCUGAUCGAAGAAUGGUCCAGAAACCACCGGUUGCGGAACGUGCCCGCGAAAUACGUCACUAACAAGGAGCAGUUCGAGAACGUCGAUCCACGGAAAGUGAACCAUCUCUUGGGACUGUUUUCCUAUUCCCAUAUGGACUUCGACGUCGACCGGAACACGAAUGGAAGCGGUGACCCUUCGUUGGCCGAAAUGGCGAUAAAGGCGCUUCGCGUGCUGGCGAAGAAUCCCGAAGGAUAUUUUCUCUUCGUGGAAGGUGGUAGGAUCGACCAUGCACAUCACUAUAACAAUGCUUAUCGAGCACUGGACGAAACAUUAGCGUUGGAGGAAGCGGUGAGGGCAGUGAUGAAGGAAGUGGACCUGUCGGAAACGCUACUCGUCGUGACAGCGGAUCACUCGCACGUGCUCACGCUUGGCGGUCUCGCAACCCACCGUGGAAAUCCUAUAUUCGGUUCUGAUAGCAAGGUGUCUGAUGUUGAUGGACAACCGUAUACAACGUUGUUGUACAGCAAUGGGCCUGGCUACACACAACCGCGGAAUAUCUUACGAGAGGCUGGGAAGGAUUCCAUUCAGACGGCGGGAGUGCCACGAGCAUGGGCGACUCACGGCGGAGAGGACGUGCCUGUAUUCGCCAUAGGUCCGCUGGCGAAUGUCUUGUUCUCCGGUAGCAUCGACCAGAGCUAUAUACCACACGCCAUCUCGUACGCCUCCUGCUUGGGUCACCACGCGAGCCGCUGCUCCCGAGAUUCCACGUCCAGCAACGACACAAUGAGCGUCCCGAUAAGCUGUCCCUCUGCGGAGCCAAACAGCGCCGCGAUAUCCAGCGACGUGAUGAAUGACCAGGCCAGAAAUCCACCCACGAAAUCCGGCGCGUCUCUCGAAGCGACCGGCUGUCGCGCGCUGACUAGUGUCCUGCUGCCCCUUAUCCUCGCCAUCCUGCCGUGCCCGUUCGAGGGAAGGAGUUAA